ACUUGAUGUUUACUUCACUCGGGAGAUUACAUGCAUUAGUAAGUUCAUAGUUCAGGCACAUCACUCACUCCUUCCCUUACUCUCCAUCUGUUCUUUUGUCCAAUAUGGAGCGGUCCUUUUCCCAUCUCCUGCGGACAUCUCGUCUCGCCACAUUCGAUAAGACCAUUCCACAGAUCUACACUACUUCUGGAAAGGCAAAAGCGAUUGGCGAUUGGGGUUUGAAACGCAACCUUCCCACAGUUCUCCGCACACACUACCUCACCAUUGAACAACUCGACACAGCAGAGCACCAAACGCCCUUCAAGUCUGGCUCCUCUGAUUAUUUGUUCCUACAGCGCUGGAAGGAGAACUUUCCCCGGUCACGUCCCCCACAACCUCAACCCAUUGCUGUUAGGAAAGAUCUGUCAACUUUGACUGAUGCUGAAUUUAAAAAGCUGCUUGAGACUGCACGGGAGAAGAGGCAAGCAUGGAAGGAAGCUGUUGCCAAGAAUGAAUACCGUACCGACGAGCAUCUUAGUUUCUUGAAUAUUGUUUCCAGACAACCCAAGAGCAGUUCCAUCGACACUUCAACCUCACAAGCCUCUGUCGGCACUGGCAAUAGCAGUACCACGGUUAAUAACACAUCGCCUGCUCCCUUCAUUGGAUCUAAUGUUCGUACCAAAGUUGGGCCUACUUAUGGAUUUUAUGAACCUUCGACCCCUGUUGUUGUCCAGGGACGCGGCAUUGGUCGUACUAAAAACAGUCAACUCAUCGGUGUCUGCGGUGUUGUGGCAACAUUCCCGAUCUAUAGUACACCUCAUCUGCAGAACGCCACUAAAUCUCUGCAGCCUUACUAUGUCUACAAGGCUGAGCUGGAUGCUGAUGGGCAUCCUAAUGUCGUUCUAGGCCACGUGGCCCCCGGACCCGGCAACUGGCUGACUGGAUCCAUUGGCAGUCGCAGUGAUCACUAUAAUUACAAUGCAGCAUCCCGGUUACCCCAAGGUGCAAAUUCCAACACCGGCGCUGCUGCUAAAGGAGCAGAAGGUGAUACUGGGCGCAGGGUUGUCUCGCGUGUCCAACAUCUUCUCGAGACUCGCGAUAAGUCUGCUACUCGUUUGUGAACACUGUCUUUCUUUUCCAAUUUCCAAUUUCACUUGCAUAGCUCAUUUUCUUGGUCAAAAUCCUGUAGCACUCUUCCUCUUCCUGAUUGUUCUUUUUUCAUGUGCAAAUAAAUACUCUAGAAACACUGAUACUUUCCAGGGUUCAUGCACUGGAGGGGGAGCAGGAUUAGAAUUAAGAUUAGGCUUGGUUAUCUCUUUGCGUAUUUUCAGAUUUAUAAUUUUUUAUACUUUUUAUUCUCAUUAAAAACGCC